AGAACCGGAAACUUAAGAGACAAAGUUCGGAGCCCCGCCCCCCGCCGCGCUGCCCCGCCGUCAGACCCCGCGGACCCUCUACCGGACCGAUUCACGCAACGACGAAUCUGCCCGGCUCUCGCGAGCGCCAUGUCGGGUUCCUCCAGCGUCGCCGCUAUGAAGAAAGUGGUUCAACAGCUCCGGCUGGAAGCCGGGCUCAACCGCGUGAAGGUUUCCCAGGCAGCUGCAGAUUUGAAACAAUUCUGUCUGCAGAAUGCUCAACACGAUCCCCUGCUGACUGGAGUAUCUUCAAGUACAAAUCCCUUCAGACCCCAGAAAGUCUGUUCCUUUUUGUAGUAAAACGAAUCUUUGGUUUUCUAAACCAUUUUUCAUGAACCAGUGCAUAUUCAAAGGAGAACUAAAUUUGGAGCCUGUAUGAAAGCUUAUCCCUAUAACACGUGCCAUACUAUAUAAACUUCUACUUUUGUCAGU